AAGCAGGCUGCUCGUUUGAAGAAAUAUCGCAGACGCGUCUCGGUGCGUCCCAAGUUGCCAGAGGAUCGCUUUCCAACUCCAGCGCGUCCUGAUUGGAGGAGAGCCACACGUGACUACGGCACCCUUCUGGCUGAACCCAGAUGAGCAGUUUGAACCUCCGCUGGACCCUCUGGUUCAGUGCCAUGCCAAGGACAAGCUGGACAUCAAGAGCAUGAGCUGCAGUCAACUCACCAUCUGCCACUCUGGAUUCAUUUUCCCCUGGAUGAAUCCACGGACAACUGACUCACAACAAUCUGCUGUGUCAGUUGGCGGCGGUGGCGCGGAUACUCUCCUGGGCCAAGAUGGAGGUGGGCAUGGCGUUGUCAAGAGGGAGAGGAGGACGGCGUUCACUACCAGUCAGCUGCUGGAAUUGGAGAAGGAGUUCUACUUCAGCCCUUACCUGUGUCGACCUCGGAGGCUUGAGAUGGCCGCGGCGCUCAACCUCACCGAUCGCCAGGUGAAGAUCUGGUUCCAGAACCGCAGGAUGAGGUACAAGAAGAAACACACAAAUAAAAAUGUGGAUGAACGUCCACACUGGGACCCUUGCAACUUAUUUCCCAACCACCUGAUGAUCCCCAGUGCACAUGUCAGGACUUCCGUCUCAUCUUUAGAUCUUGACCUCACGGAUUGCUGUAGAAUGCCUACCUCCCCCUUUGAUUCUCAUAGCAGGUUUGGCUGCAGCCAGUAUAUUGAUGUUAACCCAGAGGACCUGUCCAAUCUAAACUGCAUAAGUCCAUCUGUUGCAAAGAGUCCAGCCUCAUCCUUUCCUGGCAUAGAUAGCCAUCCUACUGGCAUUUCAAAGUGGCCCUGAGGCCCAAUAAUGACCAUCCCUCCUGUGCUGAUCAAAUACUCAAUGAUACAUCUACUUAUGAAAAAGUGGAGCAUGCCUGAUUAGCAUCCUUGGGUUGAAAUCCCCUCAGCGUAGCCUUUCACCAUUUAUAGGACAUUUUAAUUAAAGUAUAUGAACACAUCAUAAUUAAAGCAUAACUGGAUUGAUGUAAUUUGUUUCAUAGGGAUGCUGCAGGUCUUAUUAUAUGUGCACAGCAUGCGCAAAAUGUUUGAGCAAUUAAAUAUCUUUUUGCUGUAAAUUAGUGGUUGUUGCAUUUGUAUUGUGCAUGUUUAAUUAAUGUGAUGCCGAGUUUUCUAUUUCUUCUUUUGUGAGAUAACAGAUAAGUGGCUUAUAUUUUAUACAUCACAUUAGGCCUUUUUUUUUAUUACACACUGUAAAUAGCAGGUCAUUUGUGUGAAAUGUUUAACUGUGAAUUAAAUGAUGAUAUAUUUUUUAUUAAAUCCCUGAAAAGAUGUUGACAAACUUUGAUAAACUGGGAUGUCUUGACUCAUACUGUUACAUGUUUAAUAAAUGCAUUUGGG